UAGACCAUAGCUGCGGCCAAGAAUGCUUUAGAAUUGUUUUACUCGUUUCCUGACGAGGCGAUUAGCGUGAAGGAGAGGUCUCCGAGGAGGAAUAAGCAGAAGAAGCAUGUCCCCAUUGAGAUCUUGUAUUCGAAUUCAAAGGAUGGGGAUUUAGCGAGUAGGUUGCAUCGAGCUAUAAGCAGUUCAUAUAGAAUCUUGAAGACCGAGGGGAAGGGUCACAAGAACAAGAAGCAUAAGGCCAUGAUGGUUACUUCUGAGAAUCCGAGGGUGGAAAGUGGGUGCAGCAUAGUUUCAGGUUCUAUGUCCGGGGAACAUGACAUUGCCGAUGUAGUGAACUCGGACAGUUCUAACGGCAUGGAAGCAGAUCCGACCAAGUUGAAGGACAAAACAGGAGAUGAAAGUAACUCGUCGGGUAAGAGAAGGGGAAGAGUGAAGCUAAAGAAGCUGCCUUUGAGCAUUUGCCAUACUAGGGAUCAAGAAAACAACAAGGGAGAAGGAAUCGCCAAAAUCUCCGAGUCUAGAUUACCCGAGGAGAACGUUUCCAGACAUGGAAACAACGUGAAACCGCUGCCUCGACCCGAGAGUUCCAAUGAUGACAUCAUUCCGAUCGUGUCAGGACCGUCGUGGAACUGCAAAGAUCUGAAGGCUCCUGAACGUUCAAAGCAGAACAAAGCCGUGAGUUCGUAGUGAAAUGUCACAAGGGGCAAAAUAUUGUUUCAGAAACAACUUAAUGCCAUUUCGGUAGAAUCUUAUUUGAUCUUCUUUUUGGCGUUUUGGCCAUUUUCUUCAUGGGUUUGAGGUAGAAGAGCUAUAUAUAUAUAUAUAUGUCUAUAUAUAUAUGUGUCGAUUUGUUGCAUUUACAGUGUUUGUAGAUUCAAGGUGAUGAUUGAUACAUUUGGAUCCAUUUAUGAUAAAAAUAAAUAUAAUAAAAGUGAUGGAUGUUA